AAUCGAAGGAGGAGAGAAGCAAAACUCAAGCUCGUCCGACAUUUCCGGGUCCUGUGACUUAUCAGGUGGUUGGUGUGUGGCAGCGGGAGGAGGAAGAGGAGGAGGAGGAAAAGUGAGGAAGAAGAGGGGCGCCACGACUUUCUGACCGGACCACAGCCCUCCUCCAGCUCCUGUCAGCGCAGUUUAUGACCGACGGGAAGCAGAAGUCCUUCUUAAGUUUCGAUCAAAACGCGUUGAGUGUGUCAGCAUGGCCGGAGGCUCGGUGUCGGAGUGUAAGGAGUACCUGUUCAAAGUGCUGGUCAUCGGGGAGCUGGGAGUGGGCAAGACCAGCAUCAUCAAACGCUACGUCCACCAGCUGUUCUCGCAGCACUACAGGGCGACCAUCGGGGUCGACUUCGCACUCAAGGUCCUCAACUGGGACAGCAGAACCCUGGUUCGGUUACAGCUGUGGGAUAUCGCAGGCCAGGAACGAUUUGGGAACAUGACACGGGUGUACUACAAAGAGGCUGUUGGGGCGUUCGUUGUGUUCGAUGUGACGAGGGGUGCCACGUUUGAAGCUGUGUCUAAGUGGAAGCAUGACCUGGACAGUAAGGUGAAGCUGGCUAACGGCAGCCCCAUCCCUGCGGUGCUGCUCGCCAAUAAAUGUGACCAGAAGAAAGAGAAUUCCAACAACGUAGCCUUAAUGAACAGUUUCUGCAAAGAAGCUGGCUUCCUGGGCUGGUUUGAGACGUCGGCUAAGGACAAUGUCAAUGUGGACGAGGCAGCCCGUUUCCUGGUAGAGAAUAUCUUGGCUAACGACAAAGGUUUGCCGUACGAGGAGAACAAUGGAGACCAGAUCAAACUGGACCAGGAGACUGUAGCUGCUGAGAGCAAGUCAGGCUGCUGCUAA